CAGCAAUUUGUUUAUUCAUUAACUGUUUCGAGCUCUUCGCAGCAGGGUUGCUGGUCUCGCAUCUGUCUCUGUCUCUUUCAUGUGACAGACCAUAUUUUCUUCCUUUUUGUCCAAAACCAGGUACGCACCCUGGAUGCAGAAGCUGGCUGACAAAUGAGCGUUUAUCUGUCUCAUUCUCACCUUUUUCUGGCUCCCAUCGUGGCCCUAGUUAUAUGUCCUUGUCCUCGGAGGUUUUGUUGAGGCAUGGGGCCCGGAAGGCAUUGGGUCUAAACAGCUUUACCUAUUGCUUCCAGACUCCAUGCUGGGCUCUCCCUGCCUACUGUGGCUCCUGGCUGUGACCUUCUCCUUGGUUCCCAGAGCUCAGCCCUUGACUCCUCAAGGCUUUGAGGAAGAGGAGGAAGAUGAGACACCGUGGCCACCCUCGUCACCUGUCCCCUGUGACUAUGACCACUGCCGCCACCUGCAGGUGCCCUGCAAGGAGCUGCAGGGAGCCGGGCAGAGGGCCUGCCUGUGCCCCGGACUCUCCAGCCCAGCCCAGCCGCCAGACCCACCACGCCUAGGAGAAGUGUACAUGGUGGCUGAGGAGGGCCGGGCAGUGGUCCACUGGUGUGCUCCCUCUUCCCCCGUCCACCAAUACUGGCUGCUGCUUUGGGAAGGCAGCAGGGCUCCCCAGAAGGGGCCCCCCCUCAACACUACCGUCCGAAGAGCAGAACUGAAGGGACUGAAGGCUGGUGGGGCUUACGUCAUUUGUGUGGUGGCCGCCAACGAGGCAGGAGAAAGCAGCGUGCCCGGGGCCGAUGGGGAGAGCCUCGAGGGGGCCAAUUUUCCUGACUUCGGGCCCUGCCGCCGGCUUGCCGUGCCCCCCAGGCCACUCACCCUGGUCCACGUGGCCGUGGGCGUGGGCUCAGGCCUGGCCCUGCUCAGCUGCUCGGCCCUGGUCUGGCACUUCUGCCUGCGGGAGCGCUGGGGCUGUCCCCGCCGCCGCUGA